GACUAGAGAAAUGAUUUCAAAUAUAAAGUCCUUCUUUGCCUUGUUCUCAUUCCAACCACUUGAUCAGAAAUUAUACGCUCCACAAAUUGAUCCUUUGGUGCCAUAGGCAAUUAAAACAGAACCCAGGUUAUAUUGUUCUCCAAGGGCCUCACAGCUGGUAUGGGGGGAACAAAACUCAGGGCUUUGGUCACGGGCUAUUUUCAGCCUCUGAUAGCAGUUGUGUUACUCAUGUCUCAUUCACCCUUUCCCCUAGGUCUCCCUCCCGUCCUGCCCUCCACAGGCCAAGGCUGGUGACAGCCUCCAUAUAUUUAAAGAAGUCGAGAGCUCCCCUUACUCAGUUGAGCCGACACAGACCACAGAGGCAGACUUCACCUUGAUCAGACAGUCUUCAAGAUGCCAAACUGGGGCGGAGGAGCCAAGUGUGGAGCCUGCGAAAAGACUGUCUAUCACGCGGAAGAAAUCCAAUGCAAUGGAAGGAGUUUUCACAAGACCUGCUUCCACUGCAUGGCCUGCAGGAAGGCUCUCGACAGCACCACGGUCGCAGCCCAUGAAUCAGAGAUCUACUGUAAGGUGUGCUAUGGGCGCAGGUAUGGACCCAAGGGGAUCGGGUAUGGACAAGGCGCCGGCUGCCUCAGCACCGACACGGGCGAGCACCUCGGGCUCCAGUUCCAACAGUCCCCAAAGGCAGCACGCUCAGCCACCACCAGCAACCCUUCCAAGUUCACUGCAAAGUUUGGGACGUCAGAGAAGUGCCCUCGAUGCGGGAAGUCGGUCUAUGCUGCUGAGAAGGUCAUGGGAGGUGGCAAGCCUUGGCACAAGACCUGUUUCCGCUGUGCCAUCUGUGGGAAGAGCUUAGAGUCCACAAACGUCACUGACAAAGAUGGGGAACUUUAUUGCAAAGUUUGCUAUGCCAAAAACUUUGGCCCUACAGGCAUUGGGUUUGGAGGCCUUACACAACAAGUGGAAAAGAAAGAGUGAAAGGAGGUGCCAUUUAUCAGGUCUUUCACCAGCCUAAUGCCUUUGCUAAAUAAUCCUGUACCGAUGGAAACCUUUCGCCAACAUCCUCUCAUUUGUAGCUGGACAGUGUUUCCUCUUCGCUUUACCCAAAGUUGGAAGAAAAUUAUUUAAAAUUUAAUCUGUAACAAAAUGCGAUAGCUGGGGUAGGAGAGGCAAUAAAUUCAUGUUUUAGUGUACCUUAUAUGUCUCUG